UGCUUUGCGUACACGGUAGCAAUGACCGCCAUGGUCGCCGCACAGCUGGAGACGGACGGUGGCGGGUUCAACAAUAGGCUCUGCGGCAUCGACAUCAACACGCUGCUGCCCUACGGUCCCGACACCCCCACGGCUGCCGUGUGCGCGUUUCGCAACUCGACGACGCGAGAUUUGUAUACGCACACCCGCGCCGCCGCCCGUGUGCGCAACAGUGGCAAUCGUCUCUGCGGUGCGUGGCUCUGGGGCUCGCAAGGACACGUCGUCACGUCGUCGUCGUGCGUUGGCCGCGGCCAAAGCGCGCUGACCGUCGACUUGAACGCCGAGUCGCAAACGUGCAUCGACGACACGACGGUCGCGUGCAACGGCCAGACGCGGCUCCAGCAUCCACCGCGUCUGUUGCACGUCAACCGCACGAUCGGCUAUGCCCUCUUGCAGCUGCACCCUGCCGAUGCGCGUAUAAUCGUGCCAUUGUAUGGGUACCUCCAAGCGACACUGACGGUUGCUGCCGGCGCGCCCAUCUACGUGGCAGGCCAAUCCAGCAACAGCUGCAAGCGUCUCCUGACCAAAAACACCCAAGCCGAGUCUCUCGUCGUGACGCAAACCGACUUCAAGAUGCCGUCGUGCUCGUCGACGAGCUUGCUUGCCUACGGGACGCAACUCGAUAUCCGGUCGCAUGGGUCGCCCGUGCUGCUCCGAGAGACCCACACCGUUGUCGGUGUCAACGUCUGCGACGACAACGCAAACUGUCAAAACGCUGCCGUGCCAAUGGCAACGAUUGUCGAGGAACUGACGCCAAAGCGUCUCGUGCCGGCCAAUGGUAUCGCGUCCGGGGUCGUCCCCGUCGUGGCGACCUAUCGGGACCCAACCAAGACGUACCAGAAAUAA